AUUGAUUCACUUGGGAGCUGUAAGUACUGAUGUGUUAGGGUGCAGCGCUCAUUGUUCAUUGACGCACAGAGUCCCAAAAUGAAUAUCCAGAAGCAGGGUUUCCCCUUGGACCUCGGAGCAAGUUUCACCGAAGAUGCCCCCCGGCCGCCGGUGCCUGGCGAGGAGGGAGAGCUAGUGUCCACAGACCCUAGGCCGGUCAGCUAUGGUUUCUGCUCUGGGAAAGGUGCUGGCGUCAAAGGGGAGACCUCAACAGCCACUCCGAGGCGCUCAGAUCUGGACCUGGGCUAUGAGCCUGAGGGCAGCGCAUCCCCUACCCCGCCAUACCUGAAGUGGGCUGAGUCCCUGCACUCGCUGCUGGACGAUCAGGAUGGGAUAAGCCUGUUCAGGACCUUCCUGAAGCAGGAGGACUGUGCCGACCUGCUGGACUUCUGGUUUGCCUGCACUGGGUUCCGGAAGCUGGAGCCCUGUGACUCAAAUGAGGAGAAGAGGCUGAAGCUGGCGAGAGCUAUCUACCGGAAGUACAUCCUUGACAGCGGCGGCAUCGUGUCCCGGCAGACCAAGCCUGCCACCAAGAGCUUCAUCAAGGAUUGCAUCAUGAGGCAGCAGAUCGACCCAGCCAUGUUCGACCAGGCCCAGACUGAGAUCCAGUCCACCAUGGAGGAGAACACCUACCCGUCCUUCCUCAAGUCUGAUAUUUAUUUGGAAUACACGAGGACAGGUUCAGAGAGCCCAAAGGUCUGUAGUGACCAGAGCUCUGGGUCAGGGACAGGGAAGGGCGUGUCCGGAUACCUGCCCACUUUAAAUGAAGACGAAGAGUGGAAAUGCAACCAGGACGUAGAUGAGGACAAUGGCAGAGACCCUGCUCCCCCCAGCAGGCUCACUCAGAAGCUGCUCCUGGAGACAGCUGCCCCGAGGGCGUCCUCCGGUAGACGGUACAGCGAAGGCAGAGAGUUCAGGGGUGUGACUGGUCCAGUGCACAAAGUCUUUCAGCUGAAAGAUGAUCCCAAAAUGAGGUUCUGGGUCGAGUGGGUGGGUGAAGACCCAGAGUGUGCAAUGGUGCUGAGCAGCAACCACUCUCAGCUCUACUUAGUGGCCUGCAAGACGCUGGUGAAAUUCACAUCGGGGUUACAGAUGGUUGCCAAGGUUGGCUCCAGGGGGAUCUUUUAUAGACACUGUCCCUCCUUCCAGUGCCAUGGGGACUUCUGCCAGGUGAAGCAAAGCCCGGGCUCCUUAGGAUACAGACCUGCCCUAGCGGGUGUGGUCACCACAGGGCCCAUCGAGAAUGGAUACUGGCUGCACGGAUUGCAGCCACGGCCCAUGAGCCUCCUGUGA